AUGCUUUCUUAUAUCUGUGGCCAAUUAAUAGGCUCAAAUUGUUCUAAAAGUUAUUGUUGUGCCAGUAUCAUUUGCCUUUAUAAAUUUAUGCGAAAAAAUGGUCACAUAAGCACCCAACCCCUUGACCUAACUUUUCAACCGCACGGCCACUUCGAAUUAGCAAGAAGCAUUAGAGAAUAAAGGCUGGCAUGGGUUACUUAUUUCAGAAUACGCUUUGGUUUUGUUUCUGAGGUGGCCUGCAAUGUCCUUUAGAACUAAAGACCAUCUUUCUCCAGAAGUUAGAUGUUACAAUUUUGGGCCACAAAAUUAAGCAGUUGCAGGAGAAAGGCACUUCGGUAUCUGAUAGACUCCAACAUUCCCUCCUAGAUAGGGCUAUUUUAUAAUAGUCCGAAGCAGGACCACCGCCGCAGAAGUCAAUAGUCUGCCAACUCAAAAGUAAUGGAGUAGGCAUCCUCAACACGCGAUUCUCCAUCAAGAGCUAAAGAAGGAGCAAGGUAUUUACAAAAAGCCAUCUGGCCUAUCAAGAGUUUCGACAGGAUAUGUCGCAAAGCGGACAAAGCCGAUAAAAGUUCCUUGGUGACUAGAACCCAAAAAGGCUAAGCCCACCUGCAUUUAGAUUAUGACUAAACCUUUAUAAACUUUAUCAAGUAAAAUGGCAUUGUGCACAGUUACGCAACAUCAAAAUAUUCAAGUUAAAGAGCCUCAAAAGAAGAUCAAAAGCGUUAAAAAUAUGAAAAAAAGAAAAAUAUCUACCCUUCCUCUAUUCUUAUUCAAAAAAAGUGUAUAUGUGCUAA